CUGGAGAUAAUCAUAAACCAAACCUCCUACCAAAAAAUGUUUAAUUUUGUGCAGAUUUUAUUUCAACAUUAAAUCGCAUAUUAACAGUAGUAAACAAGGCGCUUUAAUUAAUACGAAUCCAGAAUGGGGGAAAACCGCUGUUUGGUGCUAUUGCUGGCAGCGCAAACUCAGUAGACAGACAAUGUAUAAAUAGGCGAUGUUACUUGGUACCAAAGCAGUUGUUAGGGAAUUCCGCCACAACGCAAACUAUAAUGGUUGGCUGCGCAGUUUUGUUUCUAGCUCUCUCAACGGGAACGUAUAUGCUGCGUGUUUCCGCUUCAAAGUUGGUGGAACUUGAGCCCAUUAACAGCGGACCAACAUCUGCUCCCUUGGGCUGCCAUCGUCGCGUGUAUACAUAUAAAGUGACGCAGUCCGAUCUUAUGGGUCACGAGUGCUGGGACUAUGUAAGUGUCUGGUCGUGCUGGGGGCGGUGCGACUCUAGCGAGAUAUCCGAUUGGAAGUUCCCUUACAAGCGCUCGUUUCAUCCAGUCUGUGUCCACGCACAGCGCCAACCAAUGGUAGCUAUUCUCAAAAACUGUCACCCUAAGGCGGAGGCAAGUGUUAGCAAUUACCAGUAUAUGGAGGCAGUAAAUUGUCACUGCCAGACGUGCUCCUCGCAGGAUACUAGUUGCGAAGCUCCAGCCAAUAACGUAAUGGAGGGUGGUAGCAAGGCCGUUAUCGUAGGAGCCGAUACCGAAGAGUUAGACUAUUAG